CCUGACGUGAUGUUUCUGUGUGUUUUUGCAGAGUAUGGCCUACAUGAUCAGCGGCAACAUGGACAACGGAGCGACUGAAUUCCAGAUCGAAGCUGCCAUCAGCAAGAUCUUUGCCUCUGAAGCAGCAUGGAAUGUGACUGACGAGUGUAUUCAGGUUAUGGGCGGCAUGGGCUACAUGAAGGACGCUGGAGUGGAGAGGGUGAUGAGGGAUCUGAGAAUCUUCCGGAUCUUCGAGGGCACCAACGACAUCCUGAGACUCUUCGUGGCCCUCAAUGGCUUCCAGAAUGCUGGGAACCAGUUGAAGAGCUUACAGAAGGCCAUGAAGAACCCCAUCGGCAACGCUGCGCUGCUCGCUGGAGAAAUCACCAAGAGAACCAAAAGAAAGGCGGGUUUCAGCACAGGUCUGACUCUGCAGGGCUCUGUGCAUCCUGAGCUGGCUCACAGCGGUGAACUGGCCGUCAAAGCCAUCGAACAGUUCGGAGCUGUCGUCGAGGAGCUGCUGAUCAAACACGGCAAGAAGAUCAUUGAUGAACAAUUUGUCCUGAAGAGAGUGGCCGACAGUGCCAUCGACCUCUACGCCAUGGUGGUGGUUCUGUCCAGGGCCUCACGCUCUCUGAGUCAGGGCGGCCCCACAGCUCAGCACGAGAAGAUGCUGUGUGAGACCUGGUGUGUGGAGGCCCAUGACAGGGUCAUGACUGACAUCAAGUCCCUGCGCUCCAGUGAGUCCAGACAGCUCUUCAAGAACAUGAAAGCCAUCUCUGCAGCCGUGGUGGAGACUGGGGGGGUGGUCGCUCCUCACCCUCUGGGUUUCUAAACGCACCACGCCCCCUGAAUCGGAAUCAAUCUGGUUUUUGUUUCGUUUGACCCUUCCACAUCUCUAACCAGGUUAAGGGCCGUGUAGAUCAAGUCCUUUAUGACCUUUACCAUUUUGUUAUGCCAUAAUUGCUCCCACAUCACACAUCGUGACCUUUCUAUCUGCUUUGUUGCACCUACAGUUUUGGGCUGAACGACUUGCACAGAAACCACAGUUUAACUUUUUUAUUAUCUCGUACUGUAAUAUCUUCAUUGCGUUUCUGUGUCUGUGUGAACACGUUAAUUUAUAUGAAAUUAUGAAUUAGCUAUUUAAAAUGGGACGAUAGGAGAGAAAUCUUUUAGCCCGUAUACCACCUGGAUUUAAAGCAGUAGAUUUCUCCGAUGUGUGCAUGAGCUUGAAUAAUGUCAUCAUUUAUUCUGUUAAAACAUUCAGUUAUGGUGUUUUGUUUUUUUUGUUUGAUGGAAAACUACAUGUCAAUGUAACUUUGAGGAGCAGAGGCCAGUUAACAGAGAGAGAUUUGAACUUAUCUGUUUUUAGCAACUUUAACGUAAUGACACUUUUUCCUCCACUUUGAUUUAUACACUUAUCUAGAAUGUGUUCAAAUUGAUAUAAUGGUGUGGUGCUUAUGUACUUGAAUGCCUUUGCGUGUUAAGCUAACUGCUCAUCACAGAAACAUUAAUGUCUGGAGCAAACCCUUUGCCUUAGAAACUGCUGUUGCAAGUUCCUGUUGUGACUUCACAUAAAGAGAGCUUCAAAUGUUAAAACAAAAAGGUGAUCUUCACUCUUUACCAAUACGGUCACAUUAACUCACAGCUAAAGAUAGCAGACAGCAUUAAUUGUAGAACUGUUACUCUGCAUACCUGGUGCUUUAAAUAAACCAUUUCUUGUACAAUAAAUGCACUCAAUUUUAAUCUUCUGUCCAAGCAUUCAUGAAACUUAAAUUAGAUCUGCACAUUCUUCCCUCCUAUCACUCGUACUGUGAUCAUCCAUGCUGCUGUUAAGAAAGAAAGACAACUAUCAAACAUGUUCGUUUUGUUGAUAUAAUAACAUAAUCACAUGCUUCUUUGUGUUAUCUCAAAUGAAUGUCCAAUUUCCUUCGAUGGAGUCAGUGUUUGUGCAGAUUUUCUUUGAGGUUUCUUGGUAAAAUAACACACCUUCCUAAUGAGAUUAAUAAAUACAAUUUAAAUUCA